AUGAGAAAUAACAGCUAGUAAAAGGAGAGUAUUUAAUAAUUAAAAGAGGUAAUCAAAUUUAUUUUAUUUUCAGAUUAUUCAUAGAUUGCAACAAAAAGAAGCCUUGUAAAGAUUUGAGAUAGCAAAAUUAAAAAAAUAAUUAGUUGAGAGAGAUUAAGAAUUUAAGUUAGUUGCUGAUUAAUUACAAGAAUUAAGAAGAAUAUAAUAGAGAGUAUUUAUAAUAAUUAAUAUAAUAGGAUAAUCAAUAUAUAUUAAAAAUAGAUAACUAUGUUGCUAAUCUUAAAUAGAAAUUGUAAAAAGCUAAUAUAAAGAUUGAACCAUUUGAAUCUAAAUUUUGUUCAUCAAGAUAAAAUAUUCCUCUUGAAGAUUCAUUUAUAGGAUAGGAUUCUUUUCACACAGAUAAUUUCACAAUAAAUACUAAACAACCAAUCCUUAAAUAAACAUCUAAUCGUUCCAAUUAAUCUUAUUCUGUUAACAAAAAGAAAUUGAUACAAAAACCUAUUAAAGUUUAAUUACCCUAUCCAAACACUAGUUUCACAGAAAAUUAAGAAAUUUUAGAAAAUAAUUCUUAGCUUAAACCAAGUUUAUUAUAAGAAUAAAUUCUUAACAGAAUCCUAGAUGAUGAAGAAUUUAUUAACAAUUUCACUAAUUAAUAUGGUUAAAUGCAAACAGAUUUAUUCUCCUAUUAAAAAAGCUAAACUUAACCUUUAAGUUUUACAUGCAACUCAAGAUAAAGCAAUUUCAGUUUUGCAAAUAGUGAAAAAAAGUAAAAUCGCAAUAGUAAAUUACAUAAAUCAGCUAAUCGAUAAUGUAUAUCUAUAUAUAUUUAUUUAUUAGAUCAUUCAAUAUCUAUUGAUGAAAAGGAAAAUAAUAGCAAAUAUUUUAAUUGA